AUGUACACCGCUUGGCAUCAGAAAGACCCCAACAAGUCACGUAGGACUGAAAGAAGCAAGAACGGGUGUCUAACUUACGACGGCGACUCCACACCUCGAUCAAACAUCGACAACUUCACAAGCCCGACCAAUAAUGACCAUGCUUCUAGCUCAACACAGUCGACGGGCUCUGGUAUGGACACAUUGGAUGAGAUCCCAACCUUGACGGUUUCAAAUUCUCCGUUGCUACCUGCUGGUAACAUGGGGCCGGCCGACCUUUUUGACUACGCGAGUUUCCUCUGGGAUGAUCCAACUUCACCAUCGGGAGUAGACUUUUCCCUUGGCACUCGGAAUCCGACUGGUGUACCAAACAUCCUCGACUUGGACUCUAGGCUUCUGGUAUCCAGCGCUCUUGCAAAGACGCCGCAUCUGCCAGAUGCCGGCCAGUUGAUGGACCACUUUAAACAGUCCGAUGCACCACCGAUACUCGCACCGAUCGAGACGCCACCGAGAUGGAGUUUUAUGAGAAACCAUCUGGUAAAUAUGGCUUCGACAUCUCAAAUGGUCCACCAAGCAAUUCUAGCAUUCUCUUCAUUGCAAACGCAACGUCAAAGUGAUCGGCUUGAGUCAGACUUCAGUUCCUAUUAUGCUCAAUGCCAAGAGGAAAUCACCAAGUCGCUGGUUGAGCACAAUGGCGAGGUUGAGGUGAUGGGUGCCCGAGUGCAACACGUCCUGGCAUCGCUAUUCCUUCUCAGCUACAUCGAUCUCGUGGCGAACCGAACAGAUUUUGCGCAUGUCAACCUUCGAAAAGCUUUCAUGAUCGUUUCGAAAUCAGAACAAGAUAACUGGGACUUUGCAGAGAAGAGAAUCGUGAUAUGGAUCCGAUUACUUGAUGCACGAGCGGUGUCUGCGGGCGGAGAGGGCUUAUUCCUUCGGGAAGAGGAUGAGAGCCAAGAAACCAGCCGGAGCAUGUCACCGGUCGAGAGAGACGCAGAAGCCAUUCUUUUUGACUUGCUCUCUCAGCCACCACUCAGAUUCUUCCAGAAAACCCAGUCAUUCAUGGGCAGGAUCAGUAAGAUUGAUCUGUGGCACAGGAGUCGUGGCACCGUGUCGGACGAGACAGAGGUGAUGGCCAUUGCGGCCAAGAUCCAAUUGGACAAUCAGAAGCUGUACCGACACAGGCACCCCUUUAUGGAUCUCGCGAUCAAUGGCAAGCUUGAGGCUCCGUUAUUGGCGGAGAGUCUGGCGGAGCGUAUCACGAUGAUUUCACGAUUGGCGCUGGCGAACCAUCAUGCGACAUUCAUCCACCUCCACCGAGUAGCCUAUCGCCAUCUACCACGGACGGUGGAGGUGCUCAACGCGAUGACCAUGAUCAGAAAGACGGCUCGUGAUAUGCUGGAGACUCAACGGCCCGACGAUUCGUUGCCUGUCAACAUGCUGUGGCCGUUAUUGAUGUGGGGCUCCGAGGAGGAAAACCAUGAAGAGCGGACGUGGAUCUUAACUACCAUUCGUGGUAUCUCCAAGUCUAUCAGCAAUGCGGGCCUUACUGCUGAUGUCCUUCAAAGUGUCUGGAAGAGGCAGGAUGAACUCGGACAAAGGGCGGAUAUCAGAACCGUCAUGCAUGCCACUUUUGAUUCGUGCUUUGCCAUCGUAUAA